UUCUGUCUUCCUGCCACACACCAAUAGAUGCUCAAUCUCAAACACAAGUACAAUUGUAAAAGUUAAAUUGUUUGAUCUGUGUAAACUCAAAGUUCACGAUGAAGAUUAUUAUCCUACUUUGUCUCCUGACUGCUGUACUUGGCUACAGCUACAACAACACAAUGAUUGAGGAAGAUUUCCGCGCUAUGGACACAAACGCUGAUGGCAGCAUCACCAACGACGAAAGGGAGAAUAAAUUUAGAAGGAUGGAUGUCAAUGGUGAUUCGAAGGUUUCCUUUGUGGAGUUUCACAAACGUCUUCGUCCUGGAAUAUCCCUAGCUGUAAGCUAUGCCGCUUUCAAUAUCUACGACCAACAGUCCGGUCACAAGGAUAAUUUCUACGAUUUCUGGGAUUCACAAGCGACUUUCAACCUCGUCGAUCUUGACCAUGACAACAAAUUGACUUUGGAAGAGUACAAACGCCAUGUUAAACAGAUAAUAGAAAGAUCCAGGAAUGACUCUGGAGUUACAGCUUAGUACCAACAGGCUGCGAAAAUGAUUCCUGGAAGAGACAGAAAAUAAAUCUUUAAUUUAAAGCAAA